UCUCACAGGGGCCCCAGCCUGAAGGAUGCUGGGCGGAGCCAGACUAGCUGCUCAACAGGUCAGCUGGCUGCUAGGGGUUGCUUAGUGCUUCUGGAGGGACAAGACAGAGACUGGCAUGGAGCAGGGGAAGCAGCUGGCUGGCCUCAUCCUGGCCGUCACUCUUCUUCAAGGUACUCUGGCCCAGUCAAAACAAGAAAUUCCUGUGGUGAGAGUAAACAGCGAUCGAGAAGAUGGUUCGGUACUUCUGACUUGUGAGUCACCAGACAAAGAUGUCAAAUGGUUUAAAGAUGGGAAGGAAAUGGAGCCCCACAAAAAGAAUAAAAAUACACAGAAUCUGGGAAGCAGUUUCACGGACCCUCAAGGGAUAUAUUGGUGUCAAGGAUCCAAGAACCGCUCAAGAACACUCCAAGUGUAUUUCAGAAUGUGUCAGAAAUGCAUUGAACUAAGCGGAGCCACCAUAUCUGGCUUUGUCUUCGCUGAGAUCAUCAGCAUUUUCUUCCUUGCUGUUGGGGUCUACUUCAUUGCUGGACAGGAUGGAGUUCGCCAGUCAAGAGCUUCGGACAAGCAGACUCUGUUGUCCAAUGACCAGCUCUACCAGCCCCUCAAGGAUCGGGAAAAUGACCAUUACAGCCACCUUCAAGGAAAACAAUUGAGGAAAAAUUGAACUCAGGACUCAAAGUAGAUAUUUCAAAUGUCUCCUCCAGGGCAAAAUCACCUUUUGUUAAGAACCACUGACCUCUAUUAACUUUCAAUCCGCCAAUCAAUCAAUCAGAAGUUCUGAUUCAAUCAAGCAGGAAAAGUGUCUAUCAGGAAAACAAGACCCAAGCAUUAUUGGGUUUUCUGAACCCACCCCAAUUUUUCUUUUUUCAAUCCAGGUGUCCUGCCUUCUGGAUAGGUCUCAGGAACAUAGCAAUACGUUUUGGAGCACUCCUAGCUGAGAGAAUUUCAGCCCUAAAUCUAGAUUCAAGUUUCCCAAAGGCGACAAAUGGAGAAGAAAGGCCAUCAGAACAAAUUUGGAUUUUUCUCAAAAUCAAACAAAAUUAAAGGAAAAUAAUACGUAUGGUGUUGCAGGAGCGCCACCUAUUGGAAGGUAGUUUUUCUGUAAAAGAAAAUUGAAAAGAUCUAAUAACCCCCUCUAUUUGAAUAUUAUUUUUUAAAGUUUUAAUUUUUGUUUA